CCCUCUCUCGGCGGGGCCUGCCGCGGAAGGCGCCAUCGCGCACCCGACACCAUGCCUGCCCUCAGACCUCUCGUGAAACCUAAAAUCGUCAAGAAGAGGACCAAGAAGUUCAUCCGCCAUCAGUCCGAUCGCUAUGUCAAGAUCAAGCGUAACUGGCGUAAACCGAGAGGUAUUGAUAACAGAGUUCGCCGGCGGUUCAAGGGCCAGAUCCUGAUGCCCAACAUUGGCUACGGCAGCAAUAAGAAGACAAAGCACAUGCUGCCCACGGGGUUCAGGAAGUUCCUGGUCCACAACGUCAAAGAGCUGGAGGUGCUCAUGAUGAGCAACAAGUCGUACUGUGCGGAGAUUGCUCACAACGUGUCUUCUAAGAACCGGAAGGUGAUCGUGGAGAGAGCCGCUCAGCUCGCCAUCAAGAUCACCAAUCCCAACGCCAGACUGCGCAGCGAGGAGAAUGAAUAAACCAGCUUCUACAUCCGAGAUGUAUUUAAUAAAGUGUAAAAACAAACCCA